AUUGUGGAUCCCAGUCAGAUAUUGAACAACCGAUUAAUGAAGCUGGAAUGGCCCUCGCAAAGUCUCCUUUCUAAAUGCUUGCCGCAAUCUGCUUGUCCAUUGUCUUGUGUAAUGGGAGUGGAGGGUACUGUUAUACAUCAAUGGACACCCAGUAACAUUGACCCAGGCAAACGAUCCUUCUGCCAUCGCAAUAUUGCUCUCAUCACUUUCCCCAAUGGACCUAUCACUCUGGAGGGUCAUUGUGUCGCCAUUUGGGAGGAUUUAGGGCUCGACUUGAAACAAGGCGAUAAGAGAAAUCGCCCUCGUCAGGGCGAAUCACAACGUCUACAGAUCCUUGUCAGGGUGAAUCACAACGUCUUCAGAUCCUCCAGUGGAAGGGGCGAAUCACAAUGUCUUCAGAUCCUCCAGUGGAAUGCUGCCAAUCACAACGUCUACAGAUCCUCCAGUGGAAUGCUGGAGGGAUAG